AUGGGUCCCGCAAACCAGACGGGUGACUCAGUGUUCAUCCUGCUGGGUGUUUCCAGUGACCCCGGGCAGCAACGGAUCCUCUUCGUGCUCUUCCUGACUCUAUACCUGGUCACUGUCGGGGGGAACCUACUCAUUGUCGGGGCCAUCGGCACUGACUCAAACCUCCACUCCCCCAUGUACUUCUUCCUCUCCAACCUGUCCCUUGUUGACAUCUGCUUCUCCUCCACCACCGUCCCCAAGAUGCUGGCCAACAUGCAGACCGGCAGCCACACCAUAUCCUAUGUCGGCUGUCUGAGCCAGGUAUAUUUUUCAUUUCUAUUUGGUGAUCUGGAUGAAUUCCUCCUGGCCGUGAUGGCAUAUGACCGCUUCAUGGCCAUCUGCCAGCCUCUGGGCUACACCACAGCCAUGAGCCCCCGGCGCUGUGUCCUGCUGGUGGCUGCCUGCUGGGUCAUGGCUCAGUUCAAUUCUCUAUUACACACCAUCCUGUUGGCUCAAUUAACCUUCUGUGCUGACCGCACUGUUCCCCACUUUUUCUGUGAUCUGGCCCCAGUGCUACUACUGUCCUGCUCCAGCACCUCCAUCAAUGAGCUGGCACUAAUAUCUGUGGGUGGGACCGUGAUUGUACUACCUCUGAUGUGCAUCCUGGGCUCUUAUGCCCACAUAAUCUCUGCCAUCCUGAGAAUGCCCUCAGCAGGAAGCAAGCACAAAGCCUUCUCCACCUGCGGUUCCCACCUGGCUGUGGUCUCGCUGUUCUACGGGACGGUCAUCGGUGAAUACCUGUGCCCCUCACCCCCGGGCUCCACUGAUGAGAGCAGCUUAGCUGCAGUGUCGUACGCAGUGGUGACCCCCAUGCUCAACCCCUUCAUCUACAGCCUUCGCAACCACAAACUGCAACGGGCCCUGCACAGGUUUCUCGGUAGGAAGAAACCCUCCAAUCUGUAA